AGUGGCCAGGAAAGUUCAAAGGCUGGAGAGAUCAGGGAGGGGUUGAUGUUGCAGUUUCAGGGAAAGGAGGCUGGAAUCCUGGUUCCACCAUUACUUGCUAAGUAAUCUUGGGCAAAUUACUUACCUCUUGGGAAAACCUACUUUUUUGUAAUAUCGUCUACUUUUUUGGGUUGUUGUGAGGAUUAAAGAAUCCAUGAAUAGCACUCAGCUAGUUCUGGCAUAUGGUAAGCUCAAUCUGUUAAGAAUUAUUGCCUGAAGGGAAAUGGAGCAGAACAAGGAACUUAAAAUUUUGCAUAGGGAUGUAACAUUUGCAUAUUUGCAGUUCUGCACUCUGUAUGCACAGGUAAUCUCUCCUGAGGUCAUGCGACUGAAAUUUGGUGUAUGGUCUCUUCAGGAUAAAGUGGCCUUAGCGACUUCCUGGAGAUCUAAGUUCCUGCACCACUGCAACUGCUGUAUCAAAAACUUGAAUUAAGGGCUGUCAUAUUGAGCAUGACCUUGAUAUGUGGCAUGGGGUGGGGAAGAGUGUGCAUUUGAUAAAACUGUAAGACCUAGUUAACUUUUCAUAAUUCUCAGUAUCUCAAAUAAGAUAGAUAUGAAAAAAUAUACAAUAGUGUCUCUUUAGAAUACCAAUUAUUUUUUAUAUUUGCAAUUUUUUUUUGGUUCUUAGAGUAAUCAAGUCAGAGGAUUAUAUGACUUUUAUCUGCCUAGAGAAGAACUAUGGAUCUACAACAUGGAGACUGGAAGAUGGAAAAAAAUUAACACUGAAGGUGACGUUCCUCCUUCCAUGUCAGGAAGCUGUGCUGUGUGUGUGGACAGGGUGCUGUACUUGUUUGGAGGACACCACUCAAGAGGCAAUACAAAUAAGUUCUACAUGCUGGAUUCAAGGUCUACAGACAGAGUAUUACAGUGGGAAAGAAUUGAUUGCCAAGGAAUCCCUCCGUCGUCAAAGGACAAACUUGGUGUCUGGGUCUACAAGAACAAGUUAAUAUUUUUUGGAGGGUAUGGAUAUUUACCUGAAGAUAAAGUAUUGGGAACUUUUGAAUUUGAUGAAACAUCUUUUUGGAAUUCAAGUCAUCCAAGAGGAUGGAAUGAUCAUGUACAUAUUUUAGACACUGAAACAUUUAUCUGGAGCCAGCCUAUAACUACUGGUAAAGCACCUUCGCCUCGUGCGGCCCACGCCUGUGCAACUGUUGGAAACAAAGGCUUUGUGUUUGGAGGCAGAUAUCGAGAUGCUAGAAUGAAUGAUCUUCACUAUCUUAAUCUGGAUACAUGGGAAUGGAAUGAAUUAAUUCCACAAGGCAUAUGCCCAGUUGGCCGAUCUUGGCACUCACUAACACCAGUUUCUUCAGAUCAUCUCUUUCUCUUUGGAGGAUUUACAACUGAUAAGCAGCCGCUAAGUGAUGCCUGGACUUACUGCAUCAGUAAAAAUGAAUGGAUACAGUUUAAUCAUCCCUAUACUGAAAAACCAAGAUUGUGGCAUACAGCUUGUGCCAGUGAUGAAGGAGAAGUAAUUGUUUUUGGUGGGUGUGCCAAUAACCUUCUUGUCCAUCACAGAGCUGCACACAGUAAUGAAAUACUUAUAUUUUCAGUUCAACCAAAAUCUCUUGUAAGGCUAAGCUUAGAGGCAGUGAUUUGCUUUAAAGAAAUGUUAGCCAAUUCAUGGAAUUGCCUUCCAAAACACUUACUUCACAGUGUUAACCAGAGGUUUGGCAGUAACAACACUUGUGGAUCUUAAGGCUUCAAUAAUGCCUGUCAUCACCUGCAUGGACAGCAAUUCUGUAAACACCAGAGAAUGGCAUCGUUUGUAUAAUUAUGUGCACUGUUGUAGUUUGCAGCUUUUUGGUUUUAAUGUGCAUGUGGAUGGCCUAGAGAACCUAUUUUUGUGUCUCAAGUUUACAAUAAAUGUAUUUAACACCAGUAACUGUCUUCUAUUAAAGCAAAAGAAAAUGAAUACUUGGGCUUUUUACACCAAGAAACGGUAUUAUAAUUGCUUUUUGGUAACUUUUGGACAUACAUCUGUAGAAACAUUAUACUGAUUAUUCUUACCAGUAUCAAAAUGGUGACUUUAUUUU